UAAUCUAUCACUUAAGUGCCAAACCCUUUUAUAAAUGCUUAUCCAAAUCUUAGAAAUCUAACAUGGAAUGUUUUUUAAAAAAUUUGUGACAUUUAAGUAAUAGAUUGAAAAGUUAUAUGGUAUUUAAGUGAUUGAAAAAAAAGUUAUGAUACUCAAAUGAGUGUCGUAUAUAAAUUAUGACACUUAGACAAUUGAAAAAAUAUUAUGAUAUUUAAGUGAGCGUCAUACAAAAAUUAUGCCACUCACAGUAUUUGUAUCCGCCAACCCGAAUAUUGAUUGGAAGAGGUUUUCUUCCAACAAGUAUGUAGCAAGUCUUGUCCAAACGAGAAUAGAGAGUCAUCAACGAUUGUCAUUUGUGAUUAGUUAACAAUAUAAACCUAUCAAAAAAUACAGCAUGCCAUGAAAAGAUGAAAUCCUCUAUCCUCGUGUAUCUUGACGUCUUUUACACAACAUUAUUUCAUCUUAAAAAAUCAGUCAUAAUCCCACGCAUGUGACAUAAAUGGGACCACUAGAUAGAAGAUUUCCACCUCUUCCUUUGAAGUAUCUUUCUUUGCUUUUUUCUAGGGUUCAAACACUAAGCUGUGGAUUUUACUUUCUUCUAACGUAGGUCGAGCUACAGAGAGAAAAGGCACAAAUGUUGGAAGAAGAAGUGAGAGGUGCUCUCAAUGACGAAAAAGCUGAACCCAUGACCAUAUUUGCUCUGGUUGAUGACUUUCAACGCUUAGGACUCGGCCAACAUUUUGAGGAAGACAUUUCGAGAGCUCUUCGCAGAUGUCUCUCUAAUGAUGCGGUCAACAAGAGCCGGCAGAAGUCUCUGCAUGGCACAGCUCUAAGCUUUCGGAUUCUUAGACAGCACGGCUUUGAAGUUUCUCAAGAUGUUUUAAAGAUUUUCAUGGACGAAAGUGGCAGUUUUAUGAAGACCCUUGGUGGUGAUGUCCAAGGUAUGCUGAGUCUACACGAAGCCUCCCAUUUGGCCUUUGAAGAAGAAGACAUCUUGCACGGGGCUAGAUCAUUCGCCAUUAAGCAUCUCAGAAAUCUUAAUCGCAACGUCAACAAAGAUCUUCAAGACCAAGUGAAACAUGAAUUAGAACUGCCUCUGCACCGUAGAAUGCCAUUGCUAGAAGCUCGACAGUCCAUUGAAGCUUACAGCAGACACGGAUACACCAAUCAUCGAAUCCUCGAAUUUGCCGUGCUGAACUUCAACACGUCGCAAUCAAUCCUCCAAAGAGAUCUUCAGGAAAUGUCAAGAUGGUGGAAUAAUGUUGGCCUCGCAAACGAACUAAACUUCGUGAGGGAUAGACUAGUGGAGUGCUUCUUUGCAGCGGUCGCAGUGGCAGAUGAGCAUCCACUCAGUAAUUGUCGGAAAGGGCUGACCAAAGUGAACAUGCUGAACGUCAUCAUCGACGAUGUGUACGAUAUUUAUGGCACAUUGGACGAACUGGAGCUAUUCACAGACGCUGUUCGCAGAUGGGACAUUAAUGCUGUGGAAGAUCUUCCUGGCUAUAUGAAGUUGUGCUUCUUAGCUCUCUACAACAGCGUGAACGAACUGGCUUACGACACUCUCAAGGAGACUCGGGAAAAUGUCAUCCCGUAUUUGACAAAAGCGUGGUAUGAUUCGUGUGAAGCCUUCUUGCAAGAAGCUAAAUGGAGUCACAACAAGAUCACCCCACGAGUAGAAGAGUACUUAAACAACGGGUGGAUUUCAGUAUCAGGGCAUGUCAUGUUGAUUCAUGCCUACUUUUUAUCCAGUCCAAGCAUGAGAAAGGAGGAACUUGAAUCACUAGAACAUUACCAUGAUCUCUUGCGGUUGCCAUCCAUGAUUUUCCGUCUUACCAAUGAUCUUGCUACCUCAUCGGCUGAGCUCGAGAGGGGAGAGACGACAAAUUCAAUCUGGUGUUGCAUGCAAGAAAUGGGGGUCUCCGAGUUAGAGGCUCGCAAAUACGUUAUCAAACUGAUCGACACAACGUGGAAGAAGCUGAACAAAUAUCUAGUCAAUGACUCAACCCUCAAUCAAUCUUUUGUGCGGAUGGCUUUCAACCUUGCACGGAUGGCGCAUUGUGUGUACCAUGACGGUGAUGCAGUUGGAGCUCCAGACGAUCUUUCUAGGAACCGUGUGCACUCACUAAUAACUGAUCCAGUUUCUCUCGAGCCAUGUUUGGAUGGAGGGAGUUUGACCUAAAUUACAUUUGCUCCCCCUCGUUGAAGGAUUUUCUAUAUUGUACUUUCAAAUUCAGACUCACGUCGAUUAAAUUCCAGUGAGUUUCUUAGCUAUAAUUUCCAGAUUCAUGUUGUCGAUUAAAUUUCGAUGUGUGUUUUUAUCCUAAGUGUCACAUUGUUGAUUAAAUUCCGGCAUGGUUUGUUUACAUUUGGUUUGGUUGAAGUGAUUGUAUUUUUCAAGCCUUUUCGCCAAUAAAAUUCCUAUGUUCUGUUUGUA